UCCUCCUCGCCCUCCGCGGCCCCGAGGGCGACACGGGCGCAUUAGACCUCAUGCGCAUGCUCAGCUACGUCCUCGUCGAGAUCCUAAUCGCCGUGUUCGUCGUCCGCCCAGCGUUCCGCUGGGUCAACCGUCGAAACCCCGAAGGGCAGCCGAUGAAUAAGCUACAAGUCGUGGUCACGAUCGCGCUGACGCAAGUCCUAUGCCACGCGAGCAGUUUCUUCGGCUACGACCGGAAAGCGAACGCGUUCUUGAUCGGGUUGCUGCUGCCGAGUGAGGGAAGGGUGUCGAGUUUCAUAAUAAGCAAGUUCAAUUACAUCCAGAUGACUUUCGUCCUGCCGUUGUACUUCCCGAUGGCGAACCUCCGGUUCAGUGGGAGGAAGUGGGACGAGGUGGCGGAGGUGCACGGGGUGCGGAGGUACGGGAAGGGGACGGCGUGGGUGAACCUUGUUUAUGCCGUUUUGGUGUCCGCGGUCGGGAAGAUGUCCGGGACGCUUGCUGCGGCCAAGUAUUUCGGGCUGCAUUGGUUGGAGGCGGUUACUCUCGGUGUGCUCCUCAAUACCAAGGGAUACUUCCACUUUUUCUUGGCGUUCCAUUGUCAAAAGAACUAUUUCAUGGAGGAAAACUCAGGGCAAGUAAUGAUGGUCGCAGGAAUGAUGACCAUCGUAUGCGCUCCGCCUAUAAUCUCCCUCAUCAUCAGAAAUGUCCGAUCGAAAGGAGCGGCUAUCCCUCGACUGAUCAUGGGCAUGCAAUGGUACAACCCAGCCACCGCGCUGCGCGUGAUCGUCGGCCUCUGGGGCCCCCAAAAUGUGCCGUCCGCAGCCAACAUCAUCGAAAUGCUGCGGGGAGGCGCAACGACAGGACUCUUCCAUUUCUCAAGGGAGGAAAACUCAGCACCGGUACCGGUGGUCGUAGUCUCACUGAUAAUCAGCAAUGCCCGAUCAAAGGGGGCCACAACACGGCGACGAGCAGAAGAGACCCGAGAAGCAUCGGAUGCACGCAUGAGAAGCGAGGCAUCUGCUGCGGUGCUCAACAAAGCAUAG